UUUCUAUCUGAAAGAAGUUGUUUGAAGGAUAGUAAUUAAUAUAGAAUGGACAAGGAAAUAGAAUUGCAUGAGUAAUUGUGCCUAAUGUGUGCUGAUGACACAGAUGGAGGAAUAACCAUGUACUUGGGUAAUCGGUUGAUCUCUGAUAAAUAAAAUUCUUAGGAAAUUUUGAAUUUAUUAAUUAUUUAAUUAUAAUUUUAUUAACAACCUCAAUCUUUUAGGCUUGAUGAUAUGAAAAGUAAAAAAUUUCGAAUUUAUUAAGAAAUUAGCUUCUUCUUUCUAUUAAAAAUUUACCUUUCCUAGCUCCCAAUAUUUCCGUGAGAAUAAAGGCUUAGUACUUAAUAUUCAAUGCAGAAAUACAUGUCUAAACAUUUACUCUAUUAUAACCUAAUUAAAAUAGGUUUGCUUGACUCAAUGGCCAAAUUCAUUAGCCCCAUCAAUAAGUUAACUAAUAUUAAAUUACCUAUUCUUACAAAGGCUUAAGAUGUUAGGAAAUAGGAAGUGAUAAAUUUAUUUAUUUAACUACAUAAUUCUAGCAACUAAUGGUUGUUGAGAACAUUGUAGGCAUUUGAUUGAGCUCCACUCAAUUAAAGUGACAUCACAAUUUUAAAGACCAGAUAUAUAAAUUAUAAAUCAACUGGUUUUUAUGGUUGUUUAUAUUUCUUGCUAAGCAUGGCCUAAUGAGAGAUCUUACUGCAAUUUUAUUACAGUUGUUAAUGCAGUUUUAUUAGGCCUUAGACUUUUCAGGUUAUUCAGGUCACUUUGUUUCACUAAUUAGCAAUUCAUUUUGCCUAAGCAAAAAGUAAUUUCACCUUCUUUUUGUUAAUAUUUCUUGCAGAUUAUGUGCCCGUGUCAGUGAAAUUGGGUAACAACCUGAAUCUCUUCUUCUACUUUUUUUAACAUGUCAUUCCUUAAGAUUGAGAUUAAAAAUAGUUUACCAUGCAAACAAGACACAAAUAUUAGUGACAUUAACAUGAAACAACAUAUAUUGGGCUUAAUUACUAGGAUUAAGAAGGUGUGUAGUUGUAAGUCUAACUAUAUUUUCAACUUAAAAUUAAAAAAGCUGACAGGUGCAACAAGAAAUUUGUUUUCUUAUGCUAAUUUCGGUUAUGUUUCUGCACAGUAUUAUUUUACCUUGAAACAAAGACUGCCUUGGGGAUUCCAUGUGUGGUGGCAUUUUUGAUAUAUAAGUGGCGUAAGAGACAUUUAUCAAUGUAUGAUGCUAUUGAAGAAUUUCUGCAAAGCCAAAUUAACCUCAUGCCAAUUAGGUACUCUUACUCAAAUAUUAGGAAGAUGUCCAAAGGUUUCAAGGACAAAUUGGGUGAAGGAGGCUAUGGCUCUGUAUAUAGAGGAAAGCUUGAAAGUGGCCCUCUAGUAGCUAUAAAGAUGUUGGGUAAACCCAAAGCUAAUGGGCAAGAAUUUAUCAAUGAAGUUGCAACAAUUGGAAGGAUUCACCACGUGAAUGUGGUGCAACUCAUUGGUUUUUGUGCUGAGGGACCAAAACGUGCCCUUAUAUAUGAAUUAAUGCCUAAUGGUUCUCUUGAAAAAUACAUUUUUUCUCGAGAAGGAUGUAUUCCCUUAAGUAUUGAAAAAACAUAUAAGAUUUCUCUUGGAGUGGCUCAUGGGAUUGAAUAUCUACAUCGAGGAUGUGACAUGCAAAUUUUGCAUUUUGAUAUUAAGCCUCAUAACAUUCUUCUCGAUGAGAACUUCAUUCCCAAAGUUUCUGAUUUUGGGCUUGCAAAACUUUAUUCAAUGAAUGAUUGCAUAGUGUCGUUGACUGCUGCAAGAGGAACAUUAGGAUAUAUAGCUCCAGAGUUGUUCUAUAAAAACAUUGGAGGGGUCUCCUAUAAAGCUAAUGUUUAUAGUUUUGGCAUGUUAUUGUUGGAAAUGGCAAGCAGAAGAAAGAACGUGAAUGCAUCCGCGGACCAUUCAAGCCAACUUUACUUCCCAACUUGGGUCCAUGGCCAAUUUUGCGAAGGAAAUUAUAUAGAAAUAGAAGAUGCCACAGAGGAGGAGAAGAAAAUCGUUAAGAAGAUGAUCAUAGUUGCAUUAUGGUGCAUACAAAUGAAGCCUAGUGACCGUCCUUCAAUGAACAAAGUUGUAGAAAUGCUUGAAGGAGAAGUUGAAUGCUUACAAAUGCCUUCCAAGCCUUUCCUAUCAUCAUCACCAAGGAGACCAACAAGGGAUGUAAGAGACAACUUAAAUUCAACUAGUUCAUCAUUUCAAUCAGGUGAAUCAAGUCAAUUGACUAAAAUUUAAAU